AUGUCGUCGAAUACUGCCACUGGUGCUCUAGCUUCUCAAGUCGCUUCUGACGAAGCAUCUGCUGUUCGUCGGAAAGCAGCAGAAAAAUGUCAACUUGUAUUGGAAACCUUAUAUGAUUCUCACAAUGGAUAUAAACAAUGCGCUGCGGAUUGUAAAGAUACAGCUAUGCAAAUGCUUUUCGAAAAAAUAGCUUCUAGCCGUGCUGAUCUCAUUAGUCAACUAUCUAAUGUUAUUCAAGUUGAUUUAGGUGUCGAACCAGUCAAAUCUGGUUCAGCAAUUGCUGCCGCUCAUCGAACAUGGAUCGAUGUAAAAGCCUGGUUUACUGACGGUCGGGAUAAGCAGGCUAUUGUCACCGAAGUUCACCGUGGAGAGGAAGUUCUCAUUAAAUUCUACGAAUCAGCUAUCGAAGAUACAAAUCUUCUUGCUAAAGUUCGAGAUUUUCUUCAAGAACAAUUGAAAACAGUCAAGGAACAAAAUGCAUCCGUUGAUGCAAUCUAA